AUGUCAAUGUCCUGUGGGCUGGGGAGACGCACAGGAGGCACAGGGGGCUGGGAGAGCGCGGUGGGCCAGGCGGGAGCGGGAGCCACCAAGCUCUCGGGCCAGGAGCCCAACGCUCCACCAGGGACUGGGGUGCCAGGCAGCCGGCCGUCAACGGACGCGGGGAACGGCCAAGUGCCGGCUAUUGGCUGCGGCGGUUGCCUGUCACCGGGCAGCACUGCGACUGGGCUGCAAACCGGGACCUGGCGACCCGCGUCGCGCUGCAGGCUUCCCGGGUCCCUCUCCGCCGGACCGGGCCGCGGGAGCGCGGUUGCGCGGGGCUCAGAGACGCGGCGGCCGGGUCGCCGGAGCCAGCCGCCUCGCGGAAUCCCGCGUCCCCCGCCCCCCGCGGCGCCGCGCGGACUCGUUGUCGUUGCCGCGGCGGAGGGACCGCAGGGGCCCCGCGUCCCCAGACACUGGACGCGAAACGUUCUCACGUUCCGAGGCGACGGGCGCGAGUUGCCUGGGCCACAGGCCUCGGGGGCUCCCUCUCCCGCUGCAGCCGACGCCCCCGGGGCCGCGGGCCGUCAGCCGGACCCCGCGCGGUGCAGCGGAGACGAAGGCCCUGCCCGUCUCGGGGGGCAGCUGAGGUGCCCGAGCGGCGGCGGCCGCACGCAUCGUGCUGGCGGGGACCGGGCGGGCGGGAAGGGCCGCGGGCCUGGGUGCUGCAGGUCUACAGCGGAGCAAGCCCUGAAUGCCAGCUUCUCCCACCGACGCGGCCCUCAGGGUAUGGGGUUGCUUUGGGGACAGAAAGCUCCCCGUGUCUAAGCAGCGCUGCCUGU